UACCACAUUUUGCAGUAUCUCCUGAGGAAGUCAGAAUCUGAGCUACCAUGACGACUGAGUCUUGUCUUUGUUCUGAUUUAUAAACUGUGCUUUCAUUCUGACCAUGUACAAGGUGGAGGUUAUAGCAUGGAAACUAAAAUCUUACUUCCUGCCUGACAUAACUCACUUCAAGAAGUGCACAAUGUCAGAACGUGGAAUUAAGUGGGCUUGUGAAUACUGUACGUAUGAAAACUGGCCAUCUGCAAUCAAGUGUACUAUGUGUCGUGCCCAGAGACCUAGUGGAACAAUUAUUACAGAAGAUCCAUUUAAAAGUGGUUCAAGUGAUGUUGGUAGAGAUUGGGAUCCUUCCAGCACCGAAGGAGGAAGUAGUCCUUUGAUCUGUCCAGACUCUAGUGCAAGACCAAGGGUUAAAUCUUCAUAUAGCAUGGAAAAUGCCAAUAAAUGGUCAUGCCACAUGUGCACGUAUUUGAACUGGCCAAGAGCAAUCAGAUGCACUCAGUGCUUAUCCCAGCGUAGGACCAGGAGUCCCACAGAAUCUCCUCAAUCCUCAGGAUCUGGCUCAAGACCAGUUGCUUUUUCUGUUGAUCCUUGUGAGGAAUACAAUGAUAGAAAUAAACUGAACACAAGGACCCAGCAUUGGACUUGUUCUAUUUGCACAUAUGAAAACUGGGCCAAGGCUAAAAAAUGUGUUGUUUGCGAUCAUCCCAGACCUAAUAAUAUUGAAGCAAUUGAGUUCGCAGAGACUGAAGAGGCUUCUUCAAUAAUUAAUGAGCAAGACAGAGCUCGAUGGAGAGGAAGCUGUAGCAGUGGCAACAGCCAGAGAAGAUCGCCGCCGACUAUGAAACGGGACUCGGAGGUGAAAAUGGAUUUCCAGAGGAUUGAGCUGGCUGGUGCUGUUGGCAGCAAGGAGGAACUUGAAGUAGACUUCAAAAAACUAAAGCAAAUUAAAAAUAGGAUGAAAAAGACUGACUGGCUGUUCCUCAAUGCUUGUGUGGGUGUUGUAGAAGGUGAUUUAGCUGCUAUUGAAGCUUACAAAUCGUCGGGAGGGGACAUUGCCCGCCAGCUCACUGCAGAUGAAGUCCGCUUGCUGAAUCGCCCUUCUGCUUUCGAUGUUGGCUAUACUCUGGUACAUCUGGCUAUACGUUUUCAGAGGCAGGAUAUGCUAGCAAUAUUGCUUACAGAGGUGUCUCAACAAGCUGCAAAGUGUAUUCCUGCAAUGGUGUGUCCUGAACUGACAGAGCAGAUCCGUCGUGAGAUCGCUGCCUCUCUUCACCAGAGAAAGGGGGACUUUGCUUGCUAUUUCCUAACUGACCUUGUAACAUUUACAUUGCCAGCAGAUAUUGAAGACUUGCCUCCAACAGUCCAAGAAAAAUUAUUUGAUGAGGUGCUCGAUAGAGAUGUUCAAAAAGAGUUAGAAGAAGAAUCUCCAAUUAUAAACUGGUCUUUGGAAUUGGCUACACGUUUGGACAGUCGACUGUAUGCACUUUGGAACCGGACUGCAGGAGACUGCUUACUUGAUUCAGUACUACAAGCUACCUGGGGCAUUUACGACAAGGACUCGGUGCUUCGGAAAGCCCUGCAUGACAGCCUGCAUGACUGUUCACAUUGGUUUUAUACACGUUGGAAAGAUUGGGAGUCCUGGUAUUCUCAGAGCUUUGGUUUACAUUUUUCCUUGAGAGAAGAACAGUGGCAAGAAGACUGGGCAUUUAUACUGUCUCUUGCUAGUCAGCCUGGAGCAAGUUUGGAGCAGACUCACAUUUUUGUACUUGCACAUAUUCUUAGACGACCAAUUAUAGUUUAUGGAGUAAAAUAUUAUAAAAGUUUUCGGGGAGAAACUUUAGGAUAUACUCGGUUUCAAGGUGUGUAUUUGCCUUUGUUGUGGGAACAGAGUUUUUGUUGGAAAAGUCCGAUUGCUCUGGGCUAUACAAGGGGCCACUUCUCUGCUUUGGUUGCCAUGGAAAAUGAUGGCUAUGGUAACCGAGGUGCUGGUGCUAACCUGAACACCGAUGAUGACGUCACCAUCACGUUUCUGCCUCUGGUUGACAGUGAGAGGAAGCUACUCCACGUGCACUUCCUUUCUGCUCAGGAGCUAGGUAAUGAGGAACAGCAAGAAAAACUGCUCAGGGAGUGGCUGGACUGCUGCGUGACUGAGGGGGGCGUUCUCGUGGCCAUGCAGAAGAGCUCUCGGCGGCGAAAUCACCCCCUGGUCACGCAGAUGGUAGAAAAAUGGCUUGACCGCUACCGACAGAUCCGGCCUUGUACAUCCCUGUCUGAUGGAGAGGAAGACGAAGAUGAUGAAGAUGAAUGAAAAAAAAAAAAAUCCAAGAACAGAAGACCAAGGUAUCAGCUCUGUGCGGGACCCCACAUGAGUGUUGCUCCAAGCAGAGCGCAUGGCAUGGAAUGAAGCGAACCUGGCAGGAUCUGCUUGGAAGGGUUUUUUCUGAUCCAUACCCAGCAGAGACGAUGUGUCUGCUGCAUGAGGAGACAGAGAACUUUGGACUACAGUUUGUAAAAAGGAAACAAAAAACUAAUUUUAUUAAGACAGAACUUUUUUCCUUUCAGAUUGUAAAUCUGUCUAUAAAUGUAACGCAUGUGGUUGUGUAAGAAGUUGUGUAAUAGGAAAAGUUGUACCAGCAUCUUCAUAUUAUUGAGAAGUUUUUCCAGCAUGGGCACCUCCAAAAGCACAUGGCAGGUCACUCUUUGUUCCUUUGAGAUAAUUCUUUUUAAAGUAGAACCUGGCAUUCUACUUCCAUCUGAAAAGAUCCAUUUUACAUUCUGUCUCACUAGAGCUCGUUAGAGAUUUGGAAACUUUUUGUACAAAUUAUCCAUAGCAAAACAUAAAAAUAAAAACAAGCUUUUAUUUUUUAUUAGUAAUUUAGUUCCUGUUGUGCCCAAUAAAAUCAAAUCUUUAAGGAACAAACUGUAAGAAAAGUCAGAAUUUUUUAUUGAGUGAACUUCAUGUAGACACUGUUCCCUUGUUUUGAAAAGGGUUUUGGUUUCUCUUGUCUUUUUCAGUUUCUGAUAAGCCGCCUUUCAGUAUUUAGGUAUUUAUUUGUUUGGAAGAGUGCUCUUAAACUGAGGCUUCCUCCACCAGACUCUGGGCAGCAGUCUCCCUGUGAGUUACCCCGUGGAUGUACAUUAGGGCAGUGGUUGGGGAGCCAGCCCACUCGAACUGAAUGAAUUACGUGAAAAGUCUGCUCCCUUGCCUCUGUGGACAUAAGACUCCUAGGUUGCCGUGCAGAGGGUCUUUGGAUACUUUAUCAUCAACUCUGCUUUAAGCAAAUUGUGUUAGAAAGGCAUGCCUUUGCUUGGGCUAAUUGCGAAUUUCCGUUCAGAAUAGAAUAAAGAUUUUAAGAAUGCAGUAAGGUGGUUAAAUGCAUUGUAUAAUGAAUUUCUCAGUGAGUAGUCUGAGAAUUUUUGCAUGUUGGUUAAUUGUGGCCAUUCUUAUUUAAAGUUAUAACUAUAAUCUUAGGUAGAAAAACUUUCUAUAAAAGUAUUAUUUGACCACUUCAGGUAUACAUUCAAUACUGGGUAAAAAUUUCAGACCUAUCUCAGGAACACAAAAAGACUUAGUGUCCUGAUAAGCACUUUGUAGACUAUUGAUGUGGCAAGGAAUUUAAAACACACAUACACACACUGUUUCCCUUUGAUAAAAAGGCUGUGAAAACCUUUAAAUAUUUGCUUCUUGUUUUCUUUUAAGUUCUAUUUAGAUGGUAUUGAAAUGUGCACAACCUCAGAUUUGAUGCUGAAAUACUAAAAAUAGUAAAAUACCUGUGA